CCUCAGGACGCGUCAGUGUAGUGAAGAGUUGAUGACUUCCACAGAAACAAGUUAAAAGGUUGAAGUACCGUUGAAAGAGUUGAUUUAAGAUGAGUAAAUAUCUCGAUCAUGUGGAUGAAGUUUUCGACUCUAACCUUCUGGAGCGUUUGAGAGUGAGCGAUCAGGCUGAGAAGGAGAAAAGGUCUCUCGGCGUUCAAACCCAAAGACUUCAUCUGGAGAUUUCAAAUAAAGGGACCAUCACCCCUGAGCCAGAAGAGGAAGAAGACGAGGAUGAUGAACCAGUCAGGGACGCAGCUGAUGAUGAUCACCUCAGCUAUGACCAGUACCUGCAGCUUCUCCAGGAACUGUCCGAGAAGUCCGAUGUCAGAGAACACAACAAUCUUCUGCAGGCCACCCUGGUGGAGUUUUUCCAGGAUCAACCCGAAGACGACAGCCAGCAGGACGAGGAGGUGGUGAAGUGGAGCUACGAGAAGAACCUUGAACUUCUCGCUGAGCUGGAGGAGCAGCAGGCAAAGGAGUUGGAGAAGAUCAAGCAGCUGAGCAUCUCAGAGUCCAGCCUGCAGAAGAGGAUGGACAAGGUCAAAGCUGAAGGCCAAUCUAAGCUGUCGUCCACCCCCAAAUCGGAGCAGGAGCUUGAGGAGCAGCUGAACCAACUGUGCAGCGAGAACAUCCGCCUGCAAAGGAGCAUUGACAUGCUGGAGAAGAACCUUCGUGGAGAGAAUGAUUGUUCACAGGAGUUGGGCCAGAAGGUCACCAAACACCCAGAGACAGGAGAGUCUUCAGAUCUGGACGCUAAGAUCAACAAGGACCUGGAGGCGCUGACAAACAUCCAGGAGAAGCUGCAAUGGGCCCAGGCGGAGGUCCAGACGAAGCAGAGCCGUCUGUCCAUGCUGGAUGUGGAGGUGGUCCGGAAGAAGGACCUCCUUGUUCAGACCACUCAAACGGUUCAUGAACUGGAGGAGGAGAACCUGAGCAUGACACGCUACCUGCAGCUGCAGCGCUGGCUGCAGCAGGACCACAAGGACACGGUGGAGGACUGUAAACGGCUGGAGGAGAAGCUGGAGAACCUGAAACGCAGGUGGAUCGAACUUCGGGGAGAUGAAUAGAUGACACAUCCAAAGAAUCCAUCGGCAAUAUAACAGAAGACACAUCAUGAUGAAAACGUUUCGUUCAAACGUCCAGCAAAACAUGAAACAUCAGACACAUCAGAUCAUGAACCUUAGUUUUAGCUUCGCAUGACAUCAUAAAUAAAAGCUCCAUAAAACCCCACCUUGUCCGCUUCAU